AUGUCCGACAGAGAAGCCUUGAAAAUCUUCUCCAGACAGCCAGUGUCCUCGGAAAUGAUCGACUUCUUGGCUGCCACCAUCAGCUCGAUCAUCCAGGUCAAAACCACCAAGCCCCAGUACAGCGUGGUGCCCUCAGGCUCCACCAACAUGUUGGUCAGCCCCGUCAAGAAGAACACCUCUUUGGUGUCGUUCAUCAAGACCUUGAUCAAGUACUCCAACGUCCAGACCCCCACCUUGAUGGCCACCGUCAUCUACCUCAACAAGUUGAGAAACAUCUUGCCUGCCAACGCCAUCGGCAUGGAGACCACCAGACACAGAAUCUUCUUGGCCUCGUUGAUUUUGAGCGCCAAGUCCUUGAACGACUCGUCGCCCUUGAACAAGCACUGGACCAAGUACACCGACGGCUUGUUGUCGCUCCAGGAGGUCAACAUGGCCGAAAGAGAGCUCGUGGGCCUCUUGAAGUGGAACAUCACCAUCAAGGAGGAAGAACUCAUCAUUGCAUUACAGCCUUUCUUGACCUCGAUCAAACAGUCGUUGGCAAGAAAGAUGGAGGACGAAUCCAACCAGAAAAUCUCCUACUACAGACUCUCCAACGCCUACAGCAACAGAUCUCUUGCAUCCCCGGUCUCGCCUGUCGGCAGCGCCAGCUUAUACCCCCCAUCGCCAUACUCGACCCACAGUAUGUCUCCUGCAUCAAGAUCGUCGUCUAGCAUGUCUAUAUCGUCGUACAAUUCGACGAUGUCCAACUCAUAUUCUUCAAAUUCGUUGAGGACGAACGCCACUUCUAAUUACAGCUUGUCGGCCUUGGCCCAAGAGGAAGAAGAGUACUUGAACUCCACCCCUACUAAGUCGAAAAGAAUGCCUUUGUCGGUAAAGUCAUCCAAUUCUUUAAACGUU